UUAGCGGUGUGACAGCAGAGCUCGUUCUCGGAUUGGCAGUGGCAAAAGGAGGCCCAUGUGGUAGAGAGCGGGCCACAGACUGUAGCACUUUCUAAAGGUCUCACUUGAUCAUCCGGCAUCUGAAUGAUCGCGUAACCUGCUUUGAAAAUGCUGCUGGAAGCGUUGGAUGGGGAUGAAACGGUUGUCUACAGAGCAGCUGCCGCCUCGGCACAGGUUCAGGUGGAGCCCGUGGGUCGGUGGUUCGAGGCCUACAUCAGGAGGAGAAACAGAAAUGUGUCGUCUUCCUUCCAGGAGCUGGAGGAAGAGGAGGAGUCCUCAGAAGAGUCUGCAGAUGAGGAGUUUCAGCUGGAGGAGUACUCCAUGCUCCGAAAACUUGAUCCUAAAGACUGGAAGAAUCAAGAUCACUAUGCUGUGCUCGGGCUCCCACACCUGAGGUACAAGGCGACGCAGAAACAGAUCAAAGCUGCCCACAAAUCGAUUGUGCUGAAGCACCACCCUGACAAAAGGAAAGCUGCAGGGGAGCAGAUCGUGGAAGGAGACAAUGACUACUUCACCUGCAUCACUAAAGCUGUGGAAAUCUUGUCCGACCCCGUGAAGAGGAGAGCCUUCGACAGUGUCGAUCCUACCUUUGACAACUCUGUGCCUUCCAAGAGUGAAGGGAAAGAGAACUUUUUUGAGGUAUUUGCUCCCGUUUUUGAGAGAAAUGCCAGAUGGUCUUCCAAGAAACAUGUGACCAAACUUGGCACCGUGGAGUCCUCUUUUGAAGAAGUGGAUAAUUUUUACUCUUUUUGGUACAACUUUGACUCCUGGAGGGAAUUUUCAUACUUGGAUGAAGAGGAAAAGGAGAAGGCUGAAUGUCGUGAUGAGAGGAGAUGGAUUGAAAAGCAGAACCGAGCUUCGAGGGCUCAGAGGAAGAAGGAGGAGAUGAACAGAAUACGAACACUAGUUGAUACUGCCUACGGCUGUGACCCUAGAAUAAAGAAAUUCAAAGAAGAAGAAAAAUCCAGGAAGGAGUCUGAGAAGAAAGCCAAAGCUGAGGCCAAGAAGAGGGAGCAGGAAGAGAAGGAGAGGGCCCGGCGGGCGGAGCUGGAGGCAGCUCGGCUGGCAAAGGAGAAGGAGGAAGAGGAAGCCAAGCAGGCCGCCCAGCAGGCCAAGAAGGAGAAGGAGAUCCAGAAGAAGGCCAUCAAGAAGGAGAGGCAGAAACUCAGGACCAUGUGCAAGAACUGGAACUACUUUGCAGACAACGAGGCUGACAGUGUGAAAAUGAUGGAGGAAGUGGAGAAACUCUGUGACCGCCUGGAACUAACAAGCCUACAGUCCCUCAAUGAAGAGCUGGCUUCGGGCUCUAAAGAGGAGAACAAGGCAGCAGUGGAAAAGCAGGUGCAGGAGGUGAAUGCUCAGCUGCAGAAGGAGAGGGAGGCUGAGAUCCAGGCCAGGCAGGCGGCUCGCAGCUCUGAGCAGGCCAGCGGGGGAGCGGGCGGGGGGAAGGGCUGGAACGAAGAGGACCUCCAGCUGCUCAUAAAAGCAGUGAACCUGUUCCCUGCUGGAACCAACGCCAGGUGGGAGGUUAUUGCUGACUAUAUGAACACGCACUCCACCAGCGGCAUGAAGAGGACGGCCAAAGACGUCAUCAACAAAGCCAAGAACCUGCAACGACUCGAUCCGGUGCAGAAAGAUGAAAUAAAUAGAAAAGCAUUUGAAAAGUUCAAGAAGGAGCACACAUCAGUGCCGCCCUCCAUCGACAACGCUGUGCCCUCAGAGAGGUUUGAUGCCCCUCUGCCCUCCCGUACCUCUCGGAAGAUCCUUGGAGAAAGCUUUGGCGUAGUAAACAGUCUGCUCGCGGGAUGUGUAGGCAUUCAGUUAGUGGCCUCAACUUUAGCCGAUGUAAUAAAACAGGAGUGUACGGCCUUUAGCUUCGGUGUGGCUUUCAGACAAGAAAUGGCGGGAGGCGGAGAUCUCAUGGACGGUGAUCUGGAAGAUGGAGAGAUCUCUGGGUCCAGCUCGGAUACUGAGAUGGGACCAGCCACAGCAGCACAAGAAGCUCGACCCCAGGUUCCCCCGGCUUUCUGCGGCCAGUCUUUCCAGAACAGAGCCUAUGCUCAGACACUUCCAGCCGCAGCCUAUCGCAGCACAGGUAGGACGGCAGAGUCUAGUGACAGUGACCCGGAGUCCUCUGACGAGGAGGCGGCUGUUUGGCGCCGGAAACGCCAGAAAGUGUCCAGUGCUCCACAGCCGCCUGCAUGCAGCGCCCGGCUAGGGCCGACCCCUGUGCCCGCCCAGGGGACGACGGGUGGCCGCAAGGUGAAUAACAUUUGGGGCUCUGUAGUACAAGAGCAGUGCCAGGACGCUAUCACUGCAGAACUUGGCAUAUUUGGCAUGGAUGGUGUUGGCAUGUCCACCAGGAAUGUGGAGACUUAUAAUUUCGUCCUAGCUCGGAAGAUAAUGGAGAAGGAGAGGGAGAUGGAGGCGCAGUCGAAGGAAGGAGGAGAAGUGAGCAUGCUGGAUGCUGAGCUGGAGGAGUACAUGAAGGGUAGGGGGUCAGAGGAGAACGCAGGAGGUGAUGCAAAGAGAAAGAGACCUGCAAAGGAGCGACUGGGCCCCAGAGCAGAGAUGGACAUCAAGGGCCGCUAUGAGAUCACAGAAGGUGACCCCGAUGAUAAGGUGAUAGAGGAGAUUGCGUUCAGGUUGCAGGAGCCCAAAAAGGAGCUGAUCACUCGAGUUGUCAAAGUAGUUGGCAAGAAAAAAGCCAUAGAACUUCUCGGAGAGACCGCCACCCUGGAGGAGAGUGGUGGUGUGUACACCAUGGACGGCAGCAGGCGCCGGACACCGGGUGGGGUGUAUCUCAACCUGCUGAAGAACACCCCCAGUAUCACCAAGGCCCAGAUCAAGCAGAUAUUCUUUGAGGAACAGGUGAAGGAGUACAAGAGCAAGAAGGCUGCCCAGAAGAGGAGGCGGCAUUUGGUGGCCAAAAAGAUGAAGCAGGCCAUCGGCACCCUAAACCUGCAGGAGCAUGAUGACGUCUCCAGAGAGACUUUUGCCAGUGAUACCAACGAGGCUUUGGAGUCUCUGGAGGAAGCUGCAGAAGACGAGGAGGCUCAGGAGGAAGCUGCUGUGGGCACUGAGGAGACAGCAGUGGUCUACAACGCUGCAGACCUGGAGGUGUUUUGAAAAUGGCCUGCUGUCUGAACAACGAUGUUAAUGAAACACUGAAAGCACUGAACAUGUGAUUGAUUCAAAAUCCACACUGGUGUCCUUUUUUGUUUUUUGUUUGAAACCUUAGCAAUAACAGCAGCGCUUCUGUUAACAAAUAGUUACAGCAUGAACAUGUUGAUUGGAGCUUUUGCAGUUCAAAUGUUGUUUUGCCUUUUAAAACCAGUCCUUCUCAACAAAAUGAUGUUGUGAUAGUCAUAACCAUUUGUUGCUGUAAGUGUCAUUAUACAAACAGGUCUUGAGUUAUUAUUUUCAUGGAUGCACCUCGGUCUGGAAAAUAAUAAAAGUGGUGACUCAGGUAAAAGAA